ACGACACGCGUCUCAGGUGUCGAUUUCCCCAGAAGCCCUUCUCUCUCAAUUUCAAAACCCUCUCUCCUUUCUCUCGCUCCCUCUCUACGUGUACCCUCCAUUCUCUCUCUCUCUUAGGGUUUUCGCGACUGAGGAAAGCUCAAGCUAAUUUCCCUGUCGGUGUCGGUGUGAGAAUAUAGUAAGUAAAAAAGUUAACUUUAGCAUUUUGAGUAGACAUGGACCAUUCAGAUCAAAGGCAGCAGCAUCUAGCACACCCGAACCAGCAACAACAGGCAGGUGGUGGCUCGAUGGCAUAUGCCACUCCCCCAUAUCAGACUGCACCCAUGGUGGCUACUGGCACUCCCGCUGGCACGGUUUCCUCUCCCACUAGUUUCACUCCUCAGCAACAGCUUGCCUACCACCAGGCCCAGCAAUUUCUCAGUCAGCAACAACAGCAGCAGCUUCAAGCGUUCUGGGCUAGUCAGAUGCAAGAGAUCGAUCAAACUACUGAUUUCAAGAACCAUAGCCUUCCCCUCGCACGGAUAAAAAAGAUCAUGAAAGCCGACGAGGAUGUUAGAAUGAUCUCUGCUGAAGCUCCGGUCAUAUUCGCAAAGGCGUGCGAAAUGUUCAUCUUGGAACUCACGUUGCGAUCUUGGAUCCACACUGAAGAAAACAAAAGGCGGACUCUUCAGAAGAACGACAUUGCAGCUGCCAUUUCAAGAACGGACGUUUUUGACUUUUUGGUUGAUAUAAUUCCUAGAGACGAGUUGAAAGAAGAGGGGCUUGGCAUUACUAAGGCUGCCAUUCCGUUAGUUGGAUCAGCUCCGGAUCAGCUCCCGUACUACUAUGUUCCCCCGCAGGCCCCGGUGGGAGCUCCCCCAGGAAUGAUCAUGGGGAAGCCGAUUGAUCAGGCUGCACUCUACGGAGCUCAGCAGCACCAACCUCCACCGCCCUACAUGCAGUGGCCGCAGUCUCAUCCUUCGCAGCAGCCACCAUCGCAGGAGCAACAGAGUGAGUGACUCGUAGGGCUGUUGUUUUGAUCUUGGGUUUAUGUGUUCUAUAAUUAUGUAGGUGUUAUUUUCUUGGUCGGUUUGGUGUGUUGUGCUACUCCCAAACUUCGUAGUGAGAUGAAUUUGAUGGAUGAA